UAGUACGUCUACAUGAGUGAACUAUAGAGGGAUGACUACUGUAGUACGUCUACAUUAGUGAACUACAGCAGGAUGACUACUGUUGCAUGUCUACAUUAGUGAACUACAGCAGGAUGACUACUGUAGCAUGUCUACAUGAGUAAACUACAGCAGGAUGACUACUGUAGCAUAUCUUCAUGAGUGAUCUACAGCAGGAUGACUACUGUAGCAUGUCUACAUUAGUGAACUACAGAGGGAUGACUACUGUAGCAUGUCUACAUUAGUGAACUACAGAGGGAUGACUACUGUAGCAUGUCUACAUUAGUGAACUACAGAGGGAUGACUACUGUAGCACGUCUACGGAGAGCCCUGAGUCCACGUUUGAGGUUUAUCUGGAGGUCUCACAGCCAGGAGUACACACCUCUGGGCCGGAGGUGAGGAGGCAGUAUCCUGUGGACUACACAGACCAGGAAACUCUGAACACGGUGCCCAAGUUCUGCUUCCCCUUCUGCAUGGACAGCCUGACCGUGAACCAGGUUGGUCAGAACUUCACGUUCGUGUUGACCGACAUCGAGAGCAAACAGAGAUUUGGUUUCUGUCGUCUCUCCUCCGGCGCUCACACCUGCUACUGCAUCCUCAGCUACCUGCCAUGGUUUGAAGUCUUCUACAAGCUGCUGAACAUCCUGGCUGAUUACACCAUCAAAGGGCAGGAGAGUAACUGGCAGGAGCUGCUGGUGUCUCUUCACACACUCCCGAUCCCUGAGCCUGGAGUCCCCGUUCAUCUGGGCGUGCAUUCCUUCUUCACCGUGCCUGACACAGGGGAACUCCCCAGCAUACCUGAGAAUAGAAACCUAACCGAGUAUUUUGUAGCAGUAGAUGUCAAUAACAUGCUCCACCUGUACGCUAGUAUGCUCUAUGAACGCCGAAUCCUCAUCUGCUGUAGCAAACUAAGCACUUUAACGGCAUGUGUCCACGGCUCUGCGGCAAUGUUGUAUCCGAUGCACUGGCAACACGUUUACAUUCCUGUCCUGCCUCAACAUCUCUUAGACUACUGCUGCGCCCCCAUGCCCUACCUCAUCGGAGUACAUUCCAGCCUGAUGGAGAAAGUUCGGGGGAUGGCUCUGGAUGAUGUGGUGGUCCUGAACGUGGACACAAACACCCUGGAAACGCCGUAUGAUGACCUCCAGAGUCUGCCCAAUGACGUGGUGUCAUCGUUAAAAAGUCGUUUAAAGAAAGUUUCUACGACCACGGGAGACGGCGUCGCUCGAGCGUUCCUGAAAAGUCAGGCUGCGCUGUUUGGCAGCUACAGGAACGCUCUGCAGAUCGAACCGGGAGAGCCGAUAACGUUUAAUGAAGAUACGUUUGUGAACCAUCGAUCCAGCGCCAUGAGACAGUUUCUGCUCAACGCCAUCCAGCUGCAGCUCUUCAAACAGUUUAUCGACGGCCGUUUAGACCUGUUGAACUCUGGUGAAGGUUUCAGCGACAUCUUUGAGGACGAGAUAAACAUGGGCGAGUACGCAGGCAGUGAUAAGACAUACCACCAGUGGCUCUUCACAGUGAAGAAAGGGGGCGGGGCCAUCUUCAACACGGUGAAGACCAAGGCUAAUCCAGCCAUGAAGAACGCCUAUAAGUUUGCUAAAGACCACGCAAAGAUGCGUAUCAAGGAAGUAAGAAGUCGGCUAAAGCAGAAGGAGCAGGCGGAGAACGGAUUCUCCACCACCGGGUCGGCCGUCAUCGACGACGACGGCACGCUGGGGUUCACCUCCUCCACGGGAGCCAUCAGGAGGGAGGGGCCUCUACGGACGCUGGAGGACCAUCGGCCAAUCACUGUGCACUUUGGACAGGCUCGUCCUCCGAUGUUACUGAAGAGACCGAGCAGUAACGUGAGUCUGGAGAGCAGCGUGGACCACUCUCUCCGUCCCACUCGCCACUACACUGUCUUUCUCUCUGAGGAUUCGUCUGGAGAUGAGCUUCAGUACGACGAGGAGUCCAUCUCUGCUUUCCCUGACAGCUUUCUCUUCUCCAGCCCUUUCGAGUGGUCACCUCUGCCGCAGCCGUACCGCUCUCUAAAGGAGGUGGAGUUGAUAGAAGGAGACGACCCUGGUUUCGGUGCAGAGAGUCACACGGCUCCUCCCAGCCCCGUCACGGAGAAAUUCUCCAACAUCAACCUGCUGGGAGACAUCUUCGGCUGUCAGGACGAGCCCGACAACCAACACAUGAGCCUGGCCAAGAGUCUGGAGGACCUGAGGACACCCAAAGACUCGGAUGAGCUGCAGCCCAAGUUCACCUACCAGCGUAUGGAUCUGGGUGUGUCUGAACACUCUCGGACCCUCCCCGGUCUCAAACUGGCCACGCCCUCCUAUAACAAGUUGUGGAGCAUGGGCCCCGAUGACUCCGCCCUCCCUGUUUCUGUCCCUCCCUCUGUUCCGCUUCCUGUUCGGACCGAUGCCCCUUCCCCCAUCAGGGACACCUCCAGCCCUGCCCCCGACCUCUUAGACCCCUCCUCCUCUGGGAACAUCACUAUCCCCCGCCCCCACGGGAGGAAAACGCCGGAGCUGGGCGGAGUCCUGGCUCCUCCAGCUCCUCGCUCCUCAGGGGGGGCGGAGUUUAGACAAGCGCUGACGCUGGGCUCAGACCUGUUGAAGCCCCAACCACCUGAGGAGGACCUGAUCAGCCUAUUGGACCCUCUGAAAAGCUCCGCCCCUCUGAGUGACACUACAGCGGUGGGUGUGACCUCUUCUAGACCGCCCCUCCCUCCUCGGCCCUACCCCCAGGCCCUGCCCCCUUUCACCCUGAACCCCUUCAGCCCCUCCCCUGCCCCGCCCCUCUACAUUGGUGGGAAUCCCUUUAGCUCCAUCUACACCCCUCCCCCUUCAUACCUGGGCCCCACCCCCCCACAGUCCUUCACCACCCUACCAGGACUCUACAGACAGCCUUCACCGGGCGGGGCCACGCUGCCUCCCACCUUUGGACUCCUCCCCUCCUCCUCCAGUAACCACACCCUCUCCAGCCUGGCUGACUCCACCCCUUCCCGCACCGAUGUAGAGGACCCGUUUGGAGACCUGCUGACGUUAGCUACACCGCUGACACCACAGAAGAAGAAGGUGGAGGACCUGAGGAGGAGACGUCGGUGUCUGGUCGAGGACUUCUGCAGGUCUUCAGCGCCGUUUCCCUGAUUUCCAUGCAGCUCUUAAAUCCUGAUGCAUACUGUAGAAUUUUAACAUCUUUACUGGUUUUAAACAUGUAAGGGAGCUCACAAC